AUGGUGGCCCCCAUGACCCCGCUGCCGGUGUUGGGGUUCCCCUUCAAGACUUGGACGUUGAGGGGGGUGGAUUCCUUCCACAGCUUGUUCCAGAUCCCCCGGGGGGUGCCGGUGGCCACGUUGGGGUUGGGCAACGGGACCAACCCAGGGUUGUUACCAGUGGGGAUGUGGCCUUGGGGGGAACCCCGGUUUCGGGUUGGGAGGGGCCCCCCCGGAAAAGGGGAGGGGUUGGGGGGGGAGGGGUCGCCGCUCCUGCGAGCCAUGGACGAGUACAUGGCGCGGUCCGGUAAGGAGGUGGAGGAGAAGGCGCUGAAGAUGGAGGAGCAGGGCUGGAAGGCGUAUCUCAGCGCCAAGGCUGACAAGAGUACCACCGUCGGUGUUUGA